AUGGUUGAAUCAAGUGAGGUACACAGAGAUGAGCUGUUGCAAUCGUCCGUGAGCUUUUUGAAGGACCCUUCGAUAAUAAAUGCUCCUCUGUCGAAGAAGAUUGAAUUUUUGAAAUCAAAAGGUUUAGAUGAUAAGGAGUUAGAGUUAGUACUCGAAUUGGCCAAAAAAAAGGACGAGCCUUCUAUUUCGUCCUUUUCUGCUAACAACAGACAGAAUAAUCGUGAUUUGAGCUACCAAAAUGACAUGUAUGAUAUAUUACCUCCACCGCUUCCAACAAGGGACUGGAGAGACUAUUUCAUUAUGACAACUGCAAGUGCUGGAAUUAUUUACGGUGUAUAUGAGUUGACUAAAAGGUAUGUUCUUCCGAAUAUAUUACCUGAAUCUCAAACAAAGCUCGAACAAGAUAAGCUUGAAAUACAGAAACAGAUGAAUAAAGUUGACAAACUUCUUGCAAACAUCGAAACAGAUAUGGUAGAGAAAAAGCAAAAGGAAGAAGAACGGUUUAACAUACUGGAUAAUACUAUUCAGCAAUUUCAAAACACAUUAGAUGACUCUGCAAGAACUCGUCAACGUUUAGAGGAUGACUUAUCUAACAUCAAGUCAGAGAUAGAUAUGAUCAAGAACUCUGUAUCCAAUUUCAUAAACAAAUUUGAAGGAGAACAGAACAUGGAUGACAUUUUAAGGGAAAUUGAAUCUUUGAAGCAGCUAAUUAGAAGUUCAAAUGGUAACAAGACACUCGCGGAAACUACUGGUUCUAAAUACUCUAGUCCAAAUGCUCCUGUACCGGGUAUUGAUGAAAUUCCAUCUACGUCUGAACUACUAGCCAGGAUGAACAUAAAAUCAACUUUGAAUUCGAAUUCGCAAAUUGAAAAAGCAUCGCAAAUUGAAAACACAGAAAGCCAGAUACCAAGUUGGCAAAAACAUAUGGUAAAUGAAGUAGAUGUUUCCAAUUUAGAAAGCACUUCAUUCGCAUUAGAGCAAGAUGAAGAUCUAACAAUGUCAAUGCCACAAGGUCAAGACGACCAAUAUUAA